AUUGGUAUCUCAUUGAUGUUUGCCAUGACCUCAUAUCCAGUGGUAGCAAUGCUUCUCCAGGAGCUGAAAAUCUUGAAUUCUGAACUCGGCAGACUGGCAUCGUCAUCAGCCCUUGUAUCUGACCUGGUAGGUUCAACUGGUUUCAUGGUUAUGGCCGUAACUGGUAUACUAGAUAAAGCAAAACAUGUUCCACCUGAAGAAACUAUAUACUAUACAAUCAUAGUAGCAUCACCGAUUGCGAUUGUCAUUGUUGCUAUAUUCCUGCUCAGGCCAGGGCUAAAUUGGGUUGUUCGAAACACUCCAGAAGAUAGGCCUGUGAAUGAUUUCUAUGUUUAUGGCACACUUUUAUUGCUUCUAUUGGCAGCUCCCUUCACAAGAUUUAAUGUCGUUUUCCUCAUCUGGUUUCCUUUUAUUAUUGGUUUGGCGGUGCCAGAAGGACCACCGAUGGGGUCUGCUGUGCUGAGCAAGUUUGAAGGCAUCCUUAACAACCUUUUUGUGCCCAUUUGCGUCGCAACCAUCUCCAUGAGGUUCAAUAUGUCGUCUGUUGAUAUGACGAACGAUGUCAUCAGGUUAAAUACAAUCCUUUGCGUGGCAACAUUGGUAAUUAAAUUCUGUGUAUCCUUGCUGCUAUGCCUAAUAUUAUACAAGAUGCCAAUGAAAGAUUCCAUAUCAUUUGCUCUCAUCUUGAACAACAGAGGACUUGUUGACAUGGGACUAUAUGCCUUUUCUUUUGAUUCCACGAGCGUAAACGAUGGUUUGUACACUGCGGUUUCACUUGUCUUUCUUGUCAUGACAACUACUGGAUCAGUACUAGUGAGAUUGCUAUACGAUCCUUCAAAAAAAUAUGGAGCAUAUCAGAAAAGGAACAUCGCAGAUUUGAAGCAUAAUAGUGAGCUGCAGAUUGUUGCAUGCAUCCAUAUACCAAAUGAUGUUACCCCAAUAAUCAAACUUUUGGAUGUCACAUGCCCAAACAAAGAAAAUCCCCUGGCCAUCAAUGUCCUUCACCUAGUAAAGCUUAUCGGCCGGUCAUCUUCACUUUUCAUUUCCCACCAUAAGCAUCACAAGACCAUAUCCGAGUUAUCCUAUUUCGAAAAUGCUGUUCUUUUAUUUUCCCAAUUUGAGCUAAGCAACUGGGGAGCUGUGUCUGUAAAUGCCUUUACCGCAGUCUCUCCACCUAGCUCAAUGUAUGAAGAUAUCUGCAAUCUUGCAUUGGAUAAACAGUCAUCCCUAAUCUUGCUUCCGUUCCAUCAGAGAUGGUGUCCCGAUGGAACUAUUGAGUUUGAUGACAACGACAUAAGGAAUCUUAACUCCCAAAUUCUAGAUAUGUCACCAUGUUCUGUGGGAAUCCUCCUUGUCCGUUCCACACUAAGUCGCUCCAUUUCCCAAACAUCAACAUCAUCAAUAGCUCAAGCUACAUCAUUCAAUGUCGCCAUGGUUUUCCUGGGAGGUGAUGAUGAUAGAGAGGCAUUGAUUUUUGCCCAACGCAUUGCCCAAGACGACAAGGCUUGCCUUACUGUCAUUGUCCUCAAAGAAAAUACCAACACGGGUAUGUCCGAGUGGGACAUAAUGCUUGAUUCGAUUGUGCUAAGGGAUGUGAAAAGUAUUGGAGGGGUAAAAUACUUGGAGACGGUCGUCGAAGGCGGACCUGAAACUGCAACGGUUCUCAGGUCAGUGGCUCUUGAAUAUGACCUAGUAGUAGCAGGCAGACGAAAUGAUCUAGAUAGUCCUCAAACAUUGGGUCUAAAAGAAUGGAGUGAAUUCCCUGAGAUCGGGGUUAUUGGUGAUCUGCUUGCAUCGACAGAUUUAGAAGGCACAUGCUCGAUUUUAAUCAUUCAGCAGCAAAAGACAAAGAAGUGAGCCAAAUGUAUUAGCACCUUUGUUUCAAGGAAUGUAUAGUACUUUUUCAGAAUUGAUUAUUAUAACAGGUAUUAAGAUUCAAGAUCAUUGAGAGGAUCAACUAGCCUACUGGUUCAAUUGA